AUGCUCGAUAUUAUCCGAAUACUUCAAAAUGAAAUGUUUCUUUAUCAGUGUCAAGAAAUCAUGGACGCAGUCAAAGCUGGUAUUGAAAAAGCUAAAGAAGCUAUGGACCACAAAACAGCCGAAAAGAAACAGGAAAAGGCUAAUGAUCCAAGUGUGAAGCCAAGCGAACGUUUGGAUGCUCAAUUUGACGCAGAUAAAGCUGCCUGCAAAGCAGCAGAACAUCAUGUUAAAGCUGAACAUCACCAUGCUAAACAUGUUGCCAACUAA